AUGGAUCAACUAAAACAUACCCACAAACAUGUUUCCUCAAGGAGGCACAAACAUGUUACAUCAAUACUGGAUGAAACCCUCAAAAAGACUGAACUACUUAUGCUCCUGUUGCCUUUUUGCCUGGAGAAUCUACAGCAAUUGAGAGACAUAUUGGGAGAGGAUUUUUUGAAAACUCUACAGGAGCACCACCACCUAGAAGACCGUCUGAAGAAUCUUUUGAAGCAAAAGGAGGGCAAAGAGCGUGACCCACAUGUGGUAAAGCUAAAGGAAGCUAUUUGCCAAUCUUUGAGAAACAUUCUGCGACUGUUUCAGGUAAAUCCAGUCACUUGUAAAGCUCUAAAAGAAAAGGGGGCAUUGAAGGGAACUGCUGCAAUAGAGCUGGGACGAGGACUUACUCAGCUUCGCAGCCUUCUCUCUGAAAAGCGGUCUAGAAAGCCUGUAGAAGAUGAGAAAAAUUACUACCUCGAAAAGAUGAUGCUGAGACGUGAGAAGAACAUGAAAAUUGUAAAGGAUUUGGAGGAUCAACUUGCUCUUGCAGUUAAAAAUAAAGAAUCAGAAAUUUCCAUGCUAGAUCAGGACAUCUGGUUGGUAAAAAGAUCAUCUCAGCACUCUCAGAGAAAGGCAGAGAAGUUGAAUAUGCGAACAUUAGUUACUGCACAUCGGAAGGUCAAAGCAAUCCAUCAAGUUUCUACUGGAAAACAAAUCCACCUGCAGCAAGCUGUUGAACAGGUGAAACAGCAACUUGUUCGCUUAGUUGAUGAUAACUGGGAUGCAGAAAUUAUUCUCAGGAAGAUGAAUUUUAGAGUGGAAGAAGAGAUUAAAGGUCUUAUAGAAGACAAGGAAGACUUGCUUAGGAGAAUGCAUAUGGAUUAUGAGGAAAUAAAUGGUUUCUACAUACAAGAGAAGGCAGAAAUGGAUGAUUUGAAGCAGAGGUUUGCUGUGUUGGAAGUGGAAUACAAGGAAGCUUUGGAGAGACAGCGUCUUAUUAUGGAGAGGAAGAAAGCACUGGAGCAUAAGCUGUACCUUAUGACUAAGGCUGCAGUCCUUAUUCAAUUCUACUGGAGGCGUUUCAGGGAACGAAGGAUGGCAAAACGUAAGAAGGGUGGCAAAAAAGGCAAGAAAGGAGGCAAAAAAGGCAAAGGAGCCAAAGGUAAAGCACCAGCAAAGAAAAAGUGA